UAGGACACUAAAGAGGCCUUUCUACUGACUCUGAAAAACACCAAAAGAAAAAUGCCUAGUGUCCCUCCUCAUCUGCGAGAACGUUCCUUAGGCAUGCUUCAAGGAGGCAUGAGGACCGCAGAUGUGGCCAGGGCAAUAAAUUGCAAUGUCCGUACUGUGAGACGCCUAAGACAGCGCUACAGGGAGACAGGAUGGACAGCUGAUCGUCCUCGCAGUGGCAGACCAGGUGUAACAACAUCUGCACAGGAUCGGUACAUCCGAACAUCACACCUGCGGGACAGGUACAGGAUGGCAACAACAACUGCCCGAGUUACACCAGGAACGCACAAUCCCUCCGUCAGUGCUCAGACUGUCCGCAAUAGGAUGAGAGAUGCUGGACUGAGGGCUUGUAGGACUGUUGUAAGGCAGGUCCUCACCAGACAUCACCAGCAACAACGUCGCCUAUGGGCACAAACCCACCGUCGCUGGACCAGACAGGACUGGCAAAAAGUGCUCUUCACUGAUGAGCCUGUACUCUGGAGAGGGAUCGAUUUGGAGGUGGAGGAUCCGUCAUGGUCUGGGGCGGUGUGUCACAGCAUCAUCGGACUGAGCUUAUUGUCAUUGCAGGCAAUCUCAACGCUGUGCGUUACAGGGAAGACAUCCUCCUCCCUCAUUUGGUACCCUUCCUGCAGGCUC